CUGGUAGCACAGAUGUAGCUCACAUCUCUUCUGUUUCUGCUUAUGAUGACAAAAAUAGCAUGGCUAAAUAGUCCUGACUUUCUUCCUGGCAUGAAAUCCAUUAAAAAGAAAUGAAAGACACUUGCUCUUGUCUUUUAUGCAGAAGAAACUAGUUGCAUUGGAAGCAGUGCUGAAAGAAGUAACCUCACUGUAGGAUCUUCUGGCAGUACUUCCUCAGCAGAGAUGAAUAAGGAGAGAGAACAUCAGAAAGCAGAGGAUGUAUGGAAAACUGCCUCUGUGAUAGUGAGGAGAUGUUGCUGGUAGCUCUACAACAGGUUGGUGGAACACUGGAAGGUUAUCUCUCGGCUCAUCACAUCCCUCAGCUGAGAGAGAUGCCUGCCAUGUCAAUGGGCUGGUGUGGACAGACAGUGGCACUGGAGUAAACCACAGCAGCAUGAAUACCUGGGAUGAGAAGAUACCUGCACGUGCCCAUGUACAGAGUGGUCUGAGGAACUUCUGUUGUGUAGAUUGGUUCACAUUUGUAAAUUAAAACCUAAUCCCUGCCUUAAAGGGUUUGCAGCCUAAACCCUACUGAAAUGCAUGGGAGUCACUGGGUAGGCAAUGGGACUUGUGAUGUUAGCUGUGAAUACAAGAAAAUGGAGGUGGCGGGUGGUAAAAACAGAAGUCACAGGAUUCUGCCAUGGUCCACAUGCUAUAUAUUUUCCUCAUUUUAAAAGCAGAGUGAAAAAUUCCCUUUUGUUACUCACAUGGGGGAAUUUUUGAGAAAAUUACCAAAAUUCUAUGUUAGAAAAGCUGACGUACUCUAAAAUAAGCUGAUUUUGCUGUUUAUAAUUCACUACUCUGUAAAGAUUUUCUCAUGAAACAGUGAUACAACAAGCAUAAGAUUUUGAUGAAAGUUAUGAAAAAAGCAGUAGAAGCAAAUUACAUAUUAAUAGUGGGUAUACUGAACCUAACAGACAAAGGAGAGUGGACUGCUUUUUAUUUAAAACAAAACAAAUUGCCUGAUAAUCAUGUAAAAAUAAAAUGAUCAUUACCAUCAUCAUAUCUGUAGUUAUGCGCUGAGAUUAGUUGAUGAUUAUUUCAUUGAUCACGAUUCUGUAGUAAGUGUAGUUAAAUCAGAUAGAUUCAGCCAUGCAUUUCUUUCUGCACUGCUGUGCUUCCCUUUUCUUUCAUGCAACCUGUGUAUUAUGAUAAAUAAAUUUACUGUGUUCUUGAUUACUACUGCCAGCUGGAUGAGUUACUUUUGCAGUGGAGGUGGUUUAUAUUAUAAGGUUCAGCAUUUUCUUGAUGGUUCAUGUCAGAGGUUUUUGUGCAGCCAAUGCACAUUUCUUUGAACAACUGGAUGCAAGAAGUUGCACAUGGACUGUCACCUCUGUUGCCCUCCAAGAGAACAUGAAGCUAAUUUUUUCUUCCUUUUAAUUUGAUUUCUCUGUUUUUCCAGAGUAACCUAAGUACCCAGAGUAAUAGAGUUACCAAUUUCAGCUGGCAACUAAGGACCGCGCAGGCACUCGCUCACUCCACACCCCCUGCCGCUGGUGGAAUGGGAAGGAGAAUGGGAAAAAGUGGAGAGCACCAAGGGAACACAUCCAUUCAACAUGGCAACACUUCAACAUGAAGAAGUAUACAGCUGUCCUAGGUUCAGGAACGUUGUAACAAACAGAUCUCAUCAUUUUCCCAGGUCACUAAUUAUCAGAAGUGGAGAAGAAGUAAAUGCAAGGCCAUGCAAGAGGAAAUAAAAAUGCAUGGGUAUUUUACCCUAAGGAGUUGCAGCUUGGUUUCCAACAAGAGAUACUGUGAUUUCAUGUCAUCUGAGUUUAUUAUGCUCAGCGUAGCAUAAGAGGUGAUGGAAGAAGUUCUGCCCCUGGUGUAUGUGAGCUACUUGCAGGGACAAGCUAAUGGCAGGUUGCCCUCUAUGGACAGCGAACAGCCAGCCCAGGAGGGAAAAGUUGUGCUGAAGAAGAAAGUGACACUUUUGAGGGGGAUAUCCAUCAUAAUUGGCACUAUCAUUGGAGCUGGCAUCUUCAUCUCUCCCAAAGGCAUCCUGAAGAACACAGGCAGCGUGGGCAUGUCCUUGACAGUCUGGACAGUGUGUGGUAUCCUCUCGCUCUUUGGUGCCCUCUGCUAUGCUGAAUUAGGAACAUGCAUUAAGAAAUCUGGUGGUCACUACACCUAUAUCCUGGAGGCCUUUGGCCCCUUACCUGCUUUUGUGAGAGUCUGGGUUGAGUUACUCAUCAUUCGCCCUGCUGCCACAGCAGUGAUAUCAUUGGCCUUUGGACGUUACAUUUUGGAACCUUUCUUUAUGCAGUGUGAAAUCCCAGAACUUGCAAUUAAACUUAUUACAGCUGUUGGCAUCACACUGGUGAUGGUCCUGAAUAGCACGAGUGUCAGCUGGAGUGCCCGCAUACAGAUUUUCCUUACCUUUUGCAAGCUUGUAGCAAUUCUGAUAAUUAUAGUCCCUGGAGUUAUCCAGCUAAUUAAAGGAGAAACACAGCACUUUAAAAAUGCCUUUGCGGGGAAUGAUGCCAGUAUUAUGGGAUUACCACUUGCUUUCUAUUCAGGAAUGUAUGCCUAUUCAGGCUGGUUUUACCUCAAUUUUGUUACUGAAGAAGUGGAAAACCCUGAAAAAAACAUACCCCUCGCAAUAUGCAUUUCAAUGAUUAUCGUCACAGUUGGCUAUGUGUUAACAAACGUGGCUUAUUUCACUACAAUCAGUGCUGGGGAAUUGCUGCUUUCAAAAGCUGUAGCAGUGACCUUUGCUGAACGACUGAUGGGAAACUUUUCUUUAGCUGUACCAGUAUUUGUUGCUCUCUCCUGCUUUGGAUCUAUGAAUGGCGGCAUUUUUGCAGUCUCCAGGAUGUUCUUCGUUGCAUCCCGCGAGGGUCACCUUCCGGAAAUUCUCUCCAUGAUUCAUGUCCGCAAGCACACUCCUCUGCCAGCUGUCAUUGUUUUGCAUCCUCUCACAAUGAUAAUGUUAUUCACCGGGGAUCUCUACAGCCUUCUGAAUUUCCUCAGUUUUGCCAGGUGGCUUUUUAUUGGACUGGUAGUUGCUGGGUUGAUUUAUCUCAGAUAUAAACGUCCUGAUAUGCCUCGUCCUUUCAAGGUGCCUCUAUUUAUUCCAGCGUUGUUUUCCUUCACCUGCCUCUUCAUGGUUGCACUGUCACUUUACUCUGAUCCAGUGAAUACAGGGAUUGGAUUUGCAAUAACCCUGACUGGAGUUCCUGCCUACUACCUCUUUAUUGUAUGGGACAAGAAGCCAAAGUGGUUCAGAAACCUCCUAGACAAGCUAACUGUGACAUUGCAAAUCCUCUUGGAAGUUGUCCCAUCAGAGGAAGACCAGAAAUCAUGAUCUUCAUGUACAGCUUUUGGCUUGGUGUUUCAUUUCUACCUGAGGAAGAGGGUAGGGAGAUUUCUCCCCUUACCUUACCCUUGCUCUGCAAAGGAACUUGUUCUGGAGGAACAAGUCGCAGCUGAGAUGGAUACCGAGCAAGUCAGCUACCAGAACUAUAUUUUGUGAUGCUACAAAUUUUUAUUUUAAUAGGAUUGGUUUGUACGUAGAAAGCAAGAACUCGUGCUACAAGGCAACAAAUCUCUUCACUAUUUCUUUCGUUACAGUGUCAUAUUUUAACAAACCUUAGGUUCUUCAAACUAGGAUUUCGAUUUCAUUGUCACUGAAAAUAGGUUUAAAUAACGUGUAAGUAGUAGUCAUGUGUACUGUGAAGAAUGUAUCCUGCUUGCUGUCCUUAAAGAACCCGACUCUCACCGGAUAAAGGGUGAGAUAAAGCUGCUGAGUUUCACUUACUAGUGGUCUUCCUGUCACUCCAUUUGGCAGCCUGAUUUGAUGACUUCUGCUCACUGGGAGCACCAGCAUGCUGAUGCAGAAGCACAGCUGUUUCCGCACCUUUGUGGUGGCAAGGUUUCUUCACUCCAGAGUUGUUAUACUAUAGCUGAUAGGAACAUCUUCUGAGAAUUAGUAUUCCUGCCAGUGAGGCAGGAAGAUUUUAGCCUGGGGACUAAUUUUAUACAUGUUAAAGUUUCUGCCAGUCUGGAAAUGAUUGCUGUUUUUGCCAAUGUUUCUCCGUGUACAUAUGUAUAGAAAAUACAGCAACUGAGUAAUCACCUCCAAAUGAGUGAAAACAUUUGGAUGCAACCUCCAUUGCUGUAUGAAUAUUUUCUAUCUGGAAGCUUGUGGACCUGCAGUUAUCAGUCAGGCAAAACUGAUUUUAAAGUUUCAUAUCAUUGUCAGUGGGCAGAAAUAAAUAAUAGUCACUACUAGGAAUACAGUAUAAACAAGGCAAUAAAUCCAAUACCUUUUUAUGAAUAAGGUAUAAGACAAGUUAUAACAGGUCUGUUGAUUUGAGUAGGAUAUGCACCUAAUCUGUGGACUUUCCAUUCAAGCACACUCCAAUUAACUGGGCUUUGAAACACCAAGGAAAAGGUGCUCUGCCAAUGUCUUCUUCCCAGUUUUAUCUCAGCAGAAACAGAGAAAGGCCAUGAAAACUGAUAAAAUCAAAUUAAAUUCAUCUUUGGAAUGAUGUUCAAGCUGAGAUUUAGCUCAAAUAUGAGCUCAAGUUUUUCCCUUUUUUAAAAAUAGUUGUAGAUGAAAAGAUUUUUUAAUGCUUAGAAAUUCAGUUUCAUAUUGUUAGACUACUCAACCUUAAGGUUUGUUAUUACUCUAUUAAAGAAUAUAAUGCUUAAAUAUUUAAUGCACUACUUUUUGAGCUGGUUGCUGUCAGGAAGUCAUAUGUUUCAUGAAAACUUUUAUGGAACUAAUCAACAUUAAACUUCCUAAAUUGGGAGAAAAGUACAACUAGUAGCCAGACCACUACAGUAAAGGGAGACUGUGUAUUAUAUAUGUGUUGUAUAUAUCUAGAAUAUCAAAUGUUUUAACGGUGUACAGUAAAAUGCCUUAAAUUUAUACAUGUUUUUCUUUCUUGUAUUUCUAUGGUGGAAUUUUAUAGAAGUAGAGAAAUGUGAGUAAUUAAUUCUGUAAAAGAGUGGUAAUUUAAGACACAGAAAAAAUCUUGCAAACAAUUUUUCUUAAAGUGUUUUCUAUUUACAAUAACUUAAAGUGUUAUUUGAAACUUUUUUAGGCAAACAUUUUGAGAGAGAUUUUUAUAUUGACAGUGCAUGUGUUUGAUUAGUAUUUACAUUUGGGUCAAAAUUCUGCUUUUGAUGCCAUCUCCUACCAUGCCAGUUCUCCAGAGUUUGGCCUGUGUCAUCGUGGAGCAUCUUUGGAGUACACAAACUGCAUUUCUCUCUGAUAAAAAUAAACUACAUGAUGCCCUUCAGGACUGCACCUAACACACUCCGCUGAUGGAUGCUGAGUGCAUGGGAUCCCACCAGAGCUAGUCCAAAGCAAAACCAUCUGAACAUUGGUGAUGUGGGUGCCAGCUUUUUAGCACCAACUGUUUCAUUCCAAGUAUUCUCUCCUGUUGUGCCACAUUACUUGAAAGUUUAAAUGUAGGCAGUACUAACUUAGAGAAAUAAAUGGGCUCUGUG